AUGAAAAUAUAGGAAACGCAGCUCAUAGAAAAAAUACUAAGCAGGGCUUCCAUCAGCAUUAAGUAAAUUGCCAAUUAAAAACUCUAAGGACGAAAAUCUCCACAAUCUUCUUAAAUGCAAUAAUCAGCUACUACCUUUGAUAGAAAAUCUAGUAUGAGCAAUUUUAAGAAUAGUUCUAUGAUUUCAUAGUUCACUGGGUCCAAGUAAAAGCCAACUAAGAAAGGUGAUAAGGGUAAUCUAAGGAACUAGCAGUAAAUAUCAGAGUUCUCAUAAUCAAUUUCGUAAUCCAUAAUAGACCUUUAAGACUCAAGUGUAAAUAAUCAUGAUGAAUUUAUUGAUGGAACUGAAUUUUAAAGUUAAAAUAUGGGAUUGUAGACUAAUUUGAUUUAUCCAGACACAUCUUUUAAAGAUAUUGGUGUGUCAGGAUUCGCUGGUGGCUCAUCCUCUGCUCUAGCUCGAAAAGAUCAGAACAAAUAACUUUAUGUCCCAUUGAAAAAGCGCCUAAUGGAAAAAAGCUCUUCUUAAUCAAAGUUAUUGUUUGAAACUUCAACAUCAUCAAUGAUAAGUGAAAUGAGCAAACCAGGAUAAAUGAAUGUUAAGAAAGUGUAGGUUAACCUAGGGGCUAUUAAUUCAACAUCAAACGAAGGAGUAAAAGUCUUGACUUCUUAGAGAUCGAUGGGAAAUCUUAAUACAGCUAGGACUAAAAGCUCAACCAAACUUUCAACUUCAAAUGUGCAGUAAUAAUAAAAGAAGAGGGCUUCUAAUUAGAAUAACAUUAAUCAUCAAGUGAUGAAUACUAGUAUGAAUAGUAGCAGCAUGUAUAGCAAUUAGAAUAUGCGUCCAUCAACAUCAAUGUCUUCUACAAAUCAAAAUAAUCAUAAACAAAAAUCUCCUCCCAAAGUUCUUAUUAGACCAAACUAGAAAAAUGAAGUCAGUAAUUACAAAUAGUAAUCAAUAAAUAGUAAAGAUAGGAGUAGUUCUGCUAAAAAAAGCAUUAUCUAACCUGUGGCCGUGAAGAUAUAAAGUGAAAGAGAUAAGACUCCUGUUACAAAAUAGAAAAAGCAAUAUGAAGUGAUGUAAAUCGUAGUUUCCCUUGGUGAAUCAACUUCAACUUCAAAUUUAAAGCCAAAGAAAUCUUUAUUAGGUUAGCAUGCAAAAGUAUUUUGGAGAGCAUACAGAAAAUAUAAAUUUUCCUUGACAAAAUAGAAAAUUGAAGUGCUAUUAUAAAAAUUUGAAUUAAAACAGCAAAUUUUGAAGGAGUAUAGAUAAUUUGAAGAUAAGAUUACAAUUGUACAAAAGUUUUACCUUCAAAAAUAAAGUAAACAAGGGAAUAAGUUAAAUGGAACUUUUAAGUUCAACAAAAAUGGCAAGAACCUAAUUAAAUUUAUAAAAAGACAACUCUUAGCCUAUUAUCAAGGAUGGAAACUUAGAAAAGUAUACUAAUCUAAAUUUGUCAAGAAUGCUAUCACUCAAUAUCAUGAUUACCAGAAAUUCUUAUUUGAAAUGGAGAUGGAUCCAUCUGUGAAUGAAGUAAUGAAAAAGUAGUUCAGAUCAAAUCUUCCUCGUAGUAAACAACAAAUUCUAGAUUCAAUUAAUAAACUUAUGUCUGAUCCUUUAUGGUUCAGUAAAAUCAGUCAUGAAAGUCCUGUUAAAAUCAAACCUAAUUCGAGAGUACCUAGAAAGGAUUUAAAUUAAAAAAAGAAUGCAAGUAAAAAUUAAGAAUUUGAAUCUGAAAGGAGUUCUAUUUUAAAGGCAUCAGAAAAUUCAAUGGCUACUACCGCAGAUAUAAAGCCUUGGUGGGAAUAAGCAGCUGAAAAGCAUAAACCUAAAAGUUCAAUUAAAGUUAAGCAGAACAACAAGAAUGAAGUAAAAAAUAAUAACACCAAUACUAAAAGCUAGGCAGAUCUUUUUAAGACGGAAACUUUCAAUUCCUAAAAUAGAGACUUAACCCCUCAACCUUAGAAAAGUUUCUUGAAAAGAAAGGCGAAUUUAAAGUACGAUCCAUUAUAAAAUGCAAGAGAUGCUAAAAAAUAAGCUAAGGUUGAAUAAAAGAAUAUGAUUUAGUAAUAAAUGACUCAAUUAGAUGGUUUAGGCCAGUCUGUUGCUGAUUCUAAUGAUAUUAUUGCCUUUGAUUCCUAAGUUAGUACUGUAACAAGAUAACUAAACAAUCUGAAUUAACUCUCAGAGAACAUAAAAAACGAGAAAUCAAUUGAUAACAUGAUUACUACUAUAAACAGAACUAUCGAAAAAUAUGAAUUACUGAUAAAGGAACAUUAGAAUUAGUUAUAGUCUAUGAGUUAAACCCAAAAAUUGUAGUAGUUAAUGAUACUUUAGCAAGCAAACUCUCCAGAGAGAAUGCCAUUCUAAAGAGUAUAAAAUAUGGGGUAUUUAAACACUAGUAAUCAAAAUUUCAAGAAUACUUAGAGAACAACAAAUGUUAGAUCUCCUACUACAAUUCAUACCACUCCAGGAGGACUUCUUACAAGAGAGUCAUUGGUUGGAAGUGUGAAUGAAAGUGUAUCUAUUGAAAGAUCUUAAAAGAAUGAAGAUUUCUUAAGAAACCUUAUGCCGUCAUAGAGAAAAGCUUUCUUAAAAAAGAAAAGUCAAGAUGAAGCAGAUUUAUAGUAAUCGAUGAGGCAUUAGAGAUCAAGCAGCAAUAUUAUGCCAUCUAUGAGCAUUGGAUCUGGACCAUUUAAAGAAGAGAAAUCACAUCCGAAAUUUACUAAAACAGGAUUAAUGCUUACCCCUAUAGAGUAAAAUUAGAAAAAUUCUUCCUAAAAUAGAUAUAAGAGGACAAAACCCUAAAAUGAAAUGUUGUAAAGUAAACACCAGCCACCAAUGCAGUCAAUUAAAGAAUCAAUAGAUCUAAGUUACUUAAAGAAAGUUAAAUCUAAGGUAGAUUGCUGGACUAGCAAACUAAAUAAUAACACAGCAACGAUUAAAAUUACUGAGAGUAUAUAGAAAGAGACAAAAAGAUAAAAACCAGAGAUGUCACCAUAAAAAUCACCUAAAGUUGUUGAAAAGUCAUCUAUAUCACCUUUAAAAAAUAAGUCAAUAGAUGAUCAAUAGAAUAACAGUUUAAUGAAGCCUUAAAAAGUGAAUUCUAGGAACUCAUCCGGAGUAAGAAACAUGUCAACAUCUCCAUAAUAGCACAAGCAAAAGGACCUCACAGUUUAAAAUCCCAAAGAAUAGUAAAAACUUACUAAGACAAUAAAGUAAUUAGAUAAAUUGAGAGAGUCAAUCUAAGAUGACGAAAUGUGUAACUAAGAAAGCCCUAAAAAUGAAAUGAGCACAAAUAAGCCGGAAUUAACAGUUAUCGAUGAUGAGCUUUAAGAAAGACUCUAAGUGCUAGAUUAAAUGAAUGAUAUGCUAAGAAAACUUAAAAAUCAGUUCAACUAAAAUGAAAAGGUAGGAAAGGAAGUAUUUGAAGAAAUUCUUUAAAGCGACUUUGAAAAUGUCUUGAUAAAUAUGAAGGAGGAAUAUGCUCAAAUGUUUUAAUCAAACAGAUAUACUGUAAGAACCGAGUAAAGUGAGGCUUAAAAAUUACUUUAAGAGCUAUGA